GUCGACUCUAUAAAUUAGUUAAGCUAUGACGUUGGAACUGUGAUAAGAGAAAGAGACUGUAUUGAUUAUCAUUAAUCUUCAAUUUGGCAUAAUCAUUCGAGUAGAACUAUUUUUAGAGUAAACAAAAGAAAACAAAAGAAAACAAAAAUGCCAAUUGAUCUUCCUGCAUUUGCUUAUGCUGCAGCUGUUGCUGGCGGCGGCAUUUUAGGUUACGUAAAAUCACAUUCUAUUCCAUCUCUUGCUGCGGGAUUAGUCUUUGGAUCCGUUCUUGGUUAUGGAGCUUAUCAAACGUCUCAAGAUCCAGCCAACGUUGGAGUCUUAUUAGGAACAACUACUGCGCUUGGAGGUUUGAUGGGUUAUCGGUUUUAUAAUACUGGAAAAAUUAUGCCAGCUGGAGUGAUAACGAUCAUGAGUGCUGCGAUGAUAGUAAGGAUAGUCACAAGAUAUUUCUCACCACCUGUAAAGGCAGAUUAAACAUGGAGCUUGUAACACAUAUUGUUUAUAAAUAUAAAUAUAUAAAUAUUUCAAGGUGUUACAAAAGUGGAUAAAAAAAUGUAUUUCAUU